GGGAGCGCCCGCUGUGGAGAAAUACACCGGUUUGAAAAAAAAAAAAAAAUCCCGGUUCGCCAUCAGCAGCGUGAGAAUCCGGACUGUGGUAGCUCUGUGACCCAGCUGUGUGACUAAAGAAGCAGAUCAGUUAAGAUGGCAUCAGAAGACAUCUCCCAGUUGGCUGAUUCCCUGGCUAAGACCCAAGUUGGAGGAAGAGAGCUGAGCUUUAAAGGCAAAACUCUGAAACUUAACACAGCUAAGGAUGCAGAGGAAGUGAUCCAGGAGAUAGAGGGGUUUGAUGGUCUGCAGGCUCUGAGACUGGAAGGCAAUACUGUGGGUGUGGAGGCUGCAAAAGCUAUCGCUAAAUCCUUGGAAAGGAAAUCUGAGCUGAAGAGAUGUCACUGGAGUGACAUGUUUACUGGAAGACUGAGAUCAGAAAUUCCUCCUGCACUGAUAUCCUUGGGAGAUGCACUUAUCAUUGCAGGCGCUCAGUUGACAGAGCUUGAUCUGAGUGACAAUGCGUUUGGACCUGAUGGGGUACGCGGCUUUGAAGCUCUGCUCAAAAGUUCUGUUUGCUUCACCCUGCAGGAGCUGAAACUAAAUAACUGUGGCAUGGGCAUUGGUGGAGGAAAGAUUCUGGCUGCAGCACUGCGUGACUGUCACAAAAAGUCAAGCGCUGCAGGGAGGCCCUUAUCACUAAAGGUAUUCAUUGCAGGGAGAAAUCGUCUUGAGAAUGAUGGGGCCACAGCAUUAGCUGAGGCAUUUCGGUUGAUUGGCACCUUAGAGGAGGUGCACAUGCCUCAGAAUGGCAUAAACCACGCUGGCAUUACAGCCCUGGCAGAGGCUUUCAAGGCCAACCCACUGCUAAAGGUCAUCAACCUAAAUGAUAACACAUUUACUGACAAAGGUGGCAUUGCUAUGGCUGAGACUCUGAAAUCUUUAAGACAAGUGGAAGUGAUCAAUUUUGGAGACUGUUUGGUGCGUUCAAAAGGAGCCUCAGCCCUUGCUGAAGCUAUGAAAGAGGGGCUACAUAAAUUAAAGGAACUGAACCUCUCUUUCUGUGAGAUCAAGCGAGAUGCUGCCCUAUACUUGGUGGAGUCUCUGGAGGACAAGUCUGAGCUGGGAAAGCUAGACCUGAACGGGAAUAGUCUCGGUGAAGAGGGUUGUGAGCAUGUGCAGGAGAUUCUAGAUAAUUUCAACAUGGCUGGAGUCUUGGGCUCUCUGAGUGAUGAUGAAGGUGACGAGGAGGAUGAUGAUGAAGAUGACGACGAAGAUGAUGAUGAAGACGACGAUGAGGAUGACGAGGAAGCAGAGGAUGUUGAGGAGGAAGAAGAGGUGGAGGAGGAAGAGGAAGAAGCGGAUGAUGACGAUGAUGAUGAUGAUAAAGAGGAAGAAACCAGCAAGAAAAUCCUACAUCAACCAACCACACCCAUUUCAAGUGCACAGCCCCCUAUUGAUGCAUCAUCUUUCCUGAGCUUCCCUUCACCUGAUAAGCUCCUAAAAAUGGGUCCCAAACGUGCCACACUCAUAGCACAGCAAACUGAUGUCACAGACACUGAAAAAGUGGUCAGAGCAUUUAUCCAGAUCUCUUCGGUGUACAGGGAAGAUAUUACAGUGAAGACAGCAGUUGAGGAGACUGCAGAUUGCCUGAUGAAGAAAGCCUUUGACAACUCCGGUUUCCAGCCUGAUUUAUUUGUCAAUAGUCUUAUUGUGCACAUGGGUCUCCUAAAGAGUGAAGACAAGAUCAAAACGAUUCCACAUUUAAAUGGACCGUUGAUGACACUGAAUCACAUUGCACAGCAGGAUUAUUUUCCCAAGUCUCUAGUCCCUAUUCUUCGUGCUUUCAUCUCAAAGCCCAACACCGCUUUGGAGUCAAACCCCCAAGCCCGACAUGCUCUUCUGCAAACCCUUCACAAAAUGUAACCUCGUCCCUUCUGUGCAUAACUGGUAUUGACCAAUAUGAGAGGGGAACUGGGUGACAAUUGUUUUAAGUCUAAUCUCCUGGACACUCUGAUCUCUCCAAUGGCCCCGUCUCCAGUCUUUUUGUUUACAUUUACUAAAGAACAAAUCUUUCGCUGAUUUUCCCGAUAACCCUACUCUGCACCUCAGGAAGAAAAGAAACGUCAACUGUGCUAUCCAGCAGUGGACAUCAGUUGUGUUUUUUAGAUGUACAAUAUUAAUACUGCAUGCUUCUGAAUGAUUAUUUUAUUCCGCUGGCGGUGCCAGUGAUGCAUUGCUUACCCUUCCUUGUGCAGAGAAACAUGACUGUAUGCUCAGCGCUUUGUAGACUUGUUCUCAGCCAUGUUAAACACUUGAUGUGCUGGAGAGAGCAAUCCUAUAUUGUUAUUUACAUGUAUGUUGGUCCAUCAGGUGUCACAAACAUGGAUUAUUUUUUUAAAAUAGGGUUUAUAGUGAUUUAUGGUGUGUGAUAUAGUCACAGACUAUAAACCUGUAAUUUUAGUUUGAGAUAUUUCUGCUUGAAUUCUGUAAUCAGCCUUUGUCUACACCUGCGAGCACCGCUAGUAAUGACACCAUUGUGACUAUAGAGUAGCUUAUUAUAUAAAUAGUAGGUUACAAAUAUCUGUUAAGACGCACAUCUGUAUCUUGCAGUGGCGUGAUGUUUCAGAGACUGCAGCAGGAGGCCCAGUUCUGUAUGCUACUAUAGUGCCUGUUUUGUAAUCUUGGAUGGUGUUACAGGUAUCUGAGGUUGUAUGUUUGUCCUCAGUUGUUUUUUUUUUUUUAUAGGCGUUGCGUAGUAAAUAGGGAUGAAUCCAAUUUUAUGCCUAUUACUAGAAAAUUUCCUCAUAAAAAUCCAGAUUAAGGUGUUCUAAAGGAAAUAUUUAAUGUACAAAAAAACAUUCUUAUAGUCUCAGAAAAGCAGUUUUACAUUUCUGUGGUUUUCGUACAUCCCAAACUAUUGUAAGUUAUUGAGCUGAUACCCCUUGCACUGCAGCGUUCACUGGCAGCCAAGGGGGUGUAAUGAAAUUUGUACCUUUCUGUAAAUUUUUUAUAUGUAUAUGUUCAGACAUCUGCCCCAUGCCUCCUUGAGGUAUUAUUGUACCUGUGGCUGGUUAACCAUCUUUAACCCUUGCACUGCAUUGGAGGUCUGCAUAAUCUUAAAUUGUAUUGCUAUUGAUCUAUUGCAGCAUUUGAAUUGUGCAACAGACCCUAUUUACAAUGAUACAGAUAUAGUGAGGAGCCAGUCAUGAAAACCUUUAGCAUUUUCUAUGAAAAUAAAAUCGAUAACCCCCCCCCCCCCGAUUGCAGAAAGCACUGAUAUGUGCACAAAGUGCCAUUCUUUUUCAUUGUUAAGCCUUUGUAUUUUGUUACCUCAAAAAAAUGUAUGUUUCCUCCAAAACUCCUGAUAUUUGUUUAACUGCAGCAGAAUUCUCAUUUAACUUCCUUGAUUAUCAUUGUAGUGUUGUAUUGGAACAUACUCUAGAUAUCUACAGGUUAAAUCAGUAACCAAAGUAUCCUGUUAAAGCAGGUUACUCUAACAGUAAACAUUAUUUUUUAUACCUUUUCGUACUUCUACAGCACCUGCAGGAUAGGAUGUCUUGCUGUCCAGUAUCCUAUCAAUAUGCCCACAUUAAUGUGUUUAAAAAUUGCAAAAGUAAAAUAUCACUUGUAUACACUUAUAUAUACACUUCCUUUUAGCUCUAACGUCACAGAGAACUAGUUGUGGAAAUUAAGACCUGCAUGGCUUCCUAAGAUAAGUAGGAUUCAUCAUUUGUUUUGUGUGAGACAGAUACUUAAAUAGAUAGUAAUCUCCAAGCCAGUUUUACAUUAUAAUGCAUUAUGUACCCUGUUAAUGUGUGUGGUGGGAUGCUCAUUUUGUCUGUUAGAUUUCACCCAUGUACUGGCAUCUGUAAUCACUGCUAGUCUGUUCUUCGAUAAAAGACUUAGUGUGCUCCCGCUCAGGUUGAAGAAGUCAGUCACAUAGAAGAGACUUGUGCUUUUCAUGUCUUACCCAUCUGUUCUUCGCUGCUGAUGCCUUUAUCUUACACAGGAGCGCUAUACAUUUAAAUUGAUUAACAAGGGGGAAUAUUUGUGAUUUCAUGGGCCUACACAAGCGUGAACACUAACAAGAAACAAAGGGGAGUGUCCCAGCACACACAUUCACUAGGCACAUAUUGCAUCAUAAUGUAAAAACAUUCUUGAUGUUGACACAUGGAAGUGGCAUCUUAAAAGAGCAUGAAACUAAAACUUUUUUAAUGAUUCAGAUAUAGCGUUAAAUUUAAAACAACUUUACAAUUUACUUUUUUCUUUUAUUAUAUUUUGUUAUAGAGUGUUUAUAGAUAUGCUUUGAAGAAUACAAUAUAGCAGCGGUGCUUGCAAUAAUGUAUAACCGUUGUAAGCACUACUGCCAUAGAGUUUGAGCCAUGUGUUUGCUGCAGAGCAUACGGGAGUAGGCUCUUCGACAAAGAGAUCAAAGCAAUUUUGAUAACUGGAAAGUUUUUAAAAUUGCUUAUCUAUCUAAACCACGUAAAUUUGAUUUUGAUUUUUCAUGUCCCUUUAAAAUUAUUUUAUUAUCAUGCCAUCAGUUGCAAUUUAAGGAAAUCAAACGUAUUUCUUUUGCUUGCUGCCUUUUACAAGACAAAAAAAUACCUCCCUGGUUAUGAAAAUAUUGUGCCACGGCUCUAUUACCUGAGCUAUUAGGCUCAAUGACUUGCACAUUAUCUAAGCUGUCUGUUUCUUUGCAGCUUCAGACUGACUAAAUUCCCUCAGCCCGCACUUUUUAUUAAUCAGUAAUAAGCACAGAAGGGGCAGGGGGUUGGGCCAGUACUGCAGAAGUAGCUUUACUAUGUGAAACCAUGUGCUAUGACUAUCAUGCAGGUUUUUUUUAUAUUCCUGCCUCUCACAAAGAGCCUUAUCUUUUUAUAAACUAGUAUAACUGCAGAGAUUUGAGUGAAGAUUUAAUUGACAACUUAUUUGCUCCGUCCGUCCGUCCUUCCUUUACCAAUCUAAUAUUUGCUGAAGUACAACAUUGGCUAAUGUGGCAGUAACAAUUUGGUUACAAUCCGCUUAUGCUGGUUACCAACAUUGUGCACUGAGAUUUGUUGGUCACCUAAUCUAAAAAUAUAGCCCUUUUUUUUUUUCUUUUUUUUUUUACUCUUUAUUGCUGUAUGUAAUUUUCACAGUUUCCCAGAACCACCUGUAUUGGACGUAUUGUACAAAUGUGAUAUGUUCUGCUGUUCUUGCUGUUGUGCUUUAGCAAAUAAUAAGCUGUUUAAGCCACCUAGGUCUACAUGCCUGCUCUAAUCAGGUCCUGGAACACAUUCCUUGUGCACUUAAAAGGUUAAAAAAAUAAGGUUUAAUAUAGGAAAUCUGGGCUAAUUUGUGAUGUAAAUAUUUAAUUUGUAAUCUGUAUAAAUGUGUGAACAAAA